UUAAGGAGGUAGCGAAUGAAAGCUGGAGGAAGAGGCAAGCUCGGAGGGACUCGUCUGCACCUGGUAACGCCAGUAUGGAACCGGAGUACCAGGGGUAUCCGUGGCCUGAGCAGGGCGGUGGGCCCAGAGGGCAGUCAGAAGAAGGGGAGGUCGCUGCUCCAGUUCCUGGCUGACCGCUUCUAUGACGUGCAGGCUCUCAGGGAGUACCUGCUCCGAAAGCAGGUGUUGACGGUGCACCAGAAAAAUCGGCCCUUCACCUACAUCCAGGAGCGCUUCGGGCCCCACGUCGCGGGUGUCUAUUUCAUCCUGAAGCAGGGAGGCGCGGUCAAGUUUCAGGGCAAGGAAUGGAUCCGGUCAAAUGCACGUGGCCACUUCCCUCUUGACUUCGUGACGUUCCAGGCGGUGCCUGUCGAGGCGGUGGACGCCAGCGGCUGUGCCAUCAACUACCAAGGCCUGGACAGCCUCUUGGCCCUGAAGGAGCUCCAGUCCCUGUGGCUGCAGCGCUGUCCCCACGUGGAUGACUGGUGUCUCAGCCGCCUCCACCCGCUGGCCAACUCGUUGCAGGAGCUCUCGCUGGCUGGUUGUCCCCGAAUCUCUGAACGGGGCCUCGCCUGCCUGCACCACCUCCAGAACCUCCGCAGGCUGGACAUCUCAGACCUCCCCGCCGUGUCCAACCCGGGCCUCACGCAGAUCCUGGUGGAGGAGAUGCUGCCCAGCUGCGAGGUCCUGGGGGCUGACUGGGCCCAGGGCCUCAAGUCGGGGCCGGAGGAGCAGUCUCGGGACACAGCCAGCCCCAUCCCGGCCUAGCCCUCAGCCCCCUCCUUGUCAGGCUGGGCAUCAGCGGGGCUCCGUGGCAGGGCUGGCACCACCGGCCGGUCAGAGGGGAGAGCAUGAGGCUGGCGUACUUGUUCACCACCUCAGGGGCUCUGGCUGGCUGCACCCCAGGCUGAAAGGUCACAGCUCCUGUCACCUUGUCCGGCAGCUCUUUCCACAGUCUUCUCUCCGGGGUUCCAGCAGCCUCCUCCUGCCUCUUCGGGCCGGGCCCAGGGGAGGUGCACCCCCCCCAUGACUUCCUCUCUUGAUUUACCCCCACCUGGCCACUACCAUGCCAAGAAACCCCGCUCUUGACUUGUCCAGAGACUCUUCUCAAAGUAUCCUCAUUUGAAUGUGCUGCUGUUCCGGCUGAGUCCCUGACUGAU